AGGCUUAAUUGACAAUUGACAUGCUGCCGACUUCUGAAAGACAGCAAAUAUGGCUACAUCAGUAACAAAAGCUGCUCUAGGGAGAAGAGCCGCGACAAACGAGGAUUUAAAUUACAUUUCACAGUGUAUUGGUUCCAACUGGGAAAUACUAGGACCAUUUCUUCUCAAGACAUCAACGGUUACAAUAGAACAUAUAAGGCAUAAUCACACUUCAUGUCAGCAACGUGUGUAUAACUUACUUCUAAUGUGGCGUCAAGAGACUGAUGACCAGUCACUGGCUCAUUUGUUUCAUUUAAUGUAUAAAGCGGGUACAUCUGUCACUAUUGAUUGGAAUGUAAUUGCAGAAAAUCUCAAGAUUAAAAAAAGGGAUAUUCAAGCAUGUAAAGAGGGAUACCAAUAUCCAGUACAAGAGAGAACGCAGCAGCAUGAUUUGGAAUACCAAAGCCAAGUACAUGCACAAGAAACAAAGCAGCAGCAAGAUUCAGACUUAAACAGACGUUCAACUUCUUCAUUUGUUGAUUCCAAAAAGUCUCUAAAGGAUUCCUGUAUAUUUGAUGGUCGAUUGAUCCUACUUGAUAGCAACCAGGUCAAUGAUUUGGAAGCUUCAUUAGAUAAAGGGCCUAUAGGACGAGGUAGACUUGGUUUUGUGUAUCGUAGUAACAAUCCGGACAUAUUUGGCAUCCCUGUGGCCGUGAAGAAGAUAAAUACAAAGGGUGAUUCGAAAAUUGAAAGCCAAGUCAGAAGGGAGAAAAUUGCGUGUAGACUGAUGAACCCAUUUAUACUCCCACUCCUAGCUGUUGUUGAGAAGUCAAAUGAGACAAAUGAAAAAAGAGAGGUUUGGUUCGUCUCUCCACUUUGUGAAAACGGUGGUCUUGAUGAAGUCCUCAAACAUGACAGGAAAAAGUCAAUCCUGAAACUGAAUGCGCAGAAAAGAGUGAAAAUUCUCCUCCAAGUUGCAUUAGCUAUCCAGUACAUCCACACUGCAGUGCCUGAUGUCAGAGCUGUAAUUCUUCACAAAGAUAUAGCCUCAAAAAAUAUUGUGUUGGAUGGAAUGUUUAAUGCCCGCCUUAUUGGUUUUGGUUUGGCAAGAGAAGAGGAUGAUAUACUAGUAUCAACUGUACCUGGUGGAAGAUUGUAUUAUUCACAUCCUAAUAUAGGAAAAGAAGGUGCAAACGAGAGCUGGGACUAUUAUAGUUUUGGUGUCAUUGUAAGAGAAAUGAUUACCGAUUUUGGACCAGAAGGCAACAAAACGAAAUUCUUGAAGAACAUGACAGCUGAGGAUUUCGAAGCUGAGGGUGUCACAAAUAACAUAUAUGAAAAGGUAUGGAACUAUGAAUAUAUCGAUAAUGCAGCAUAUGGAAAACUGAAAGAUAUUGCAACACAACUGCUCACACAGACUGAUUGGAAGGCUCAAGAUUUCACAAAAAAUGUCCUCGAGGAGUUACAUGUAAGAGAAUGUGUAUGCCUGAAUCAGCAUCACAUUACUAUGCUCAAGGCUGCUGUGCUCCACAUAGCAAUCUGCAUGGUCACCAUGAAAAGCAGUGCAUCAAAGUUGUAUGACAUCAAAUUUGAUAAAGCGCUAUUUGUGCAAGAGAGUAUAAGAGCGGUAUGA